AUGCGCAGGCCAGACAACUAUUGGGUUCUCCAACCACUCUCUGUGGAUGAUCUAGCUAGCUGCUCCAAGGUAUUGAAUAGCUGCGGAUAUACCUCUGCGCUUAUACACUCUAACAUAGAGCUCUUACCAAGUGAAUCUUCUCUGGAAUGAGCCGAGAAAAGGAAGAGGUGGGUGUAGUGCGGUGGCAGCUAUUUAAGGGGGUCAGCCUCAGCACUACCCGGUACAUGGGACUAAUCUGAAAUUCUUACUCGGAAUGUAUCCGAGCGGAAGGAUACCAUAUUGGAGUGAUACAAUAUAGUGCUACAUAACCACAUACAAUAGUGCAGUUCUUAAUUGGGCUAAUGGCUAUUGAUUGGAGAUGAGUGGCCCAGUUAUCCGACUUUGACCUCUCCACGACUCCACAGCUGAACAAGCCUGUCACGGACCCAGUGACGAAGGAGUUGACAGAGACCCAGCCUUUCAGUAACGUCUACUACGAGACCAGCGGAGAGCCUGUCACGGUAAGAGGACAUCUUCCAAACUCCAUACUCUGGGUCGUGAUCAUUAGGUCACACCAGAAAAUGAAUGUUUCUUAUUGUACUUAAGUCCAGGUAGUUACUCCAUGUUUCAUUCUGUUGUCUGCCAUUGGGUGCCUAAUGAACACGACCCCGGACUCUCUCUAUAUUCACAUAGUGCUGCUUACGGUCUUUGAUUUACUAGCUGUAGGCUACUGUAUAUCGAAAUGUCCCUAAAUUUACAUUUUUACAUUUUAGUCAUUUAGCAGACGCUCUUAUCCAGAGCGACUUACAGUUCGUGAGUGCAUACAUUUUUUCAUACUGGCCCCCCGUGGGAAUCGAACCCACAUCCCUGGCGUUGCAAGCGCCAUGCUCUACCAACUGAGCUACACGGGACAACUGGCUGCUUUCUAGACUCUACAAUCAGUCUCUAUCUACUUUAUCGUCAGAUCACUCACCCUUUUGAACUAUAUUAUAACAUUCUGCCUACAUUGUCCCUCAACAGCUUGACUAUUUUGAAAAUAUUGAACUAUUGAGCAAUGCAUGGUCAAGGAGUGGAUUUUGCCUACCAUACCACAUCUUGAGAGUUCAACCAGGAUCUUUUGAUAUUACAGGAUCUGGAUGCCUGUGAUGAUGACGAUGGUAACACCACUGGUGGUGGGGCUGCUAAUGGUGGCGGCCAUGCUGUCCUGGAGGACUCAAUACAGUAUGCCGAUGUCGAAACAGUAAAUGACGAAGCCCUGCCACCGUACUCCGACGCGGACGGUCACCACGUCGACAAGCCGCCGUCGGCCGCUGUGGCCCGUGGAGAAAGCUUUGUGUCGGCAGCCAUGUAUGUUUAG